AUGGAUCCUUCGGACACCCAGCAGCUUGCCUCGCUUGCUUCUCUAUUUCAGCAGACGCUGAACCCAGAACAGCGAAAGGUAGCCGAAGAACAAAUUUCUCAGCUGCAGGUUCAGCCGUACUUUGUUUAUUUGCUGCUGACUCUAAUUCAAUCGGAGUCAGCAUCAACAGCUGUACGCCUCGCUGCAGCUAUCCAGUUUAAGAACAUCUGCAAGCUUCGCUGGGUCGUGGACGAUGAAGCUGACGAGGAUGUACCAAACUCCGUGAGUGAUGAAGAAAAAUAUGGGAUUCGUCAACAGCUCGUUCCAGUGUUGGUCUCGCUGGCAAGCGCACCCUCACCCAGUCAAGCCAUUCUUUCGCAAUUGAACGAAAGUAUUGCUUUGGUGGCUUCUUAUGAUUUUCCAGAUGCCUGGCCAAGUCUCAUUGAUGAACUUGUUUCUCAGCUUUCGACUGAUAACCACCAUAUCUUAUUGUCUGUUCUGUCAACCUCUCACGCAAUUUUCAAGCGCUGGCGCAGUCAAUUCCGGUCAGACGCCCUGUAUAUGGAAAUCAAUUUGGUUCUUGGGAAGAUGGCAAAUCCACUGCUAGAACUUUUACAACGUAUGCACUCAUUGCUAAUGGAUCCGUCGACGCCGUCAUCCACCAUGCAACCGCUAGCAAUGUGCUUGAUGCUUCUUUUGCAGUUAUUCUACGAUUUGUCUGCUCAAGAUCUUCCCCCUCAAUUUGAGGAUGCCAUACCGACCCUCUCACCUAUGUUCACAAGCCUACUCUCCUACAGUCGCCCAGAACUGAUCGGCGACGAGGACGAUGUAGCUCCUAGUCCGUUGGUCAAAAUUCGAAGCAGUGUUUGUGAAAUCUUCGAAUUGUAUGCUAAACGUUAUUUGGAUGUAUUACCUCAGCUUCCUGACUAUGUUCAAGCCGUUUGGGACAUGCUGGGUACAUAUGGCCCGGCAGAGAAAUACGAUGUGAUCGUUAGCAAGGCAAUCGGCUUCCUCUCAACCGUUGUGCGUAUGGGGAAUCAACGCGAGCUUUUCCAAGCGGAUUCAACAUUGGAGCAAUUCUGCACGGCUAUUAUUUUGCCGAAUAUUCAACUGCGUGACAUCGACGAGGAGAUUUUCGAAGACAAUCCCAUGGAAUAUAUUCGCCGCGAUCUUGAGCAAAGUAUCGAAAUAGACACGCGCAGACGGGCUGCAUGUGAAUUUGUUCGUGCUCUUUUGGAGCAAUUUUCAACACAGAUUACUGCUAUAUGCUCGCGCCACAUCCAAGCCUACUUGGCUGAAUUCCAGGCCAAUCCUAUGGUCAACUGGAGACGAAAGGAUGCUGCCAUAUAUCUUUUAACUUCUAUUGCAGCACAGAGCUCCACUAUGCAGCAUGGUGUGUCCUCGACCAAUGCUCUCGUUGACGUGGUCCAGUUUUUCUCCAAUCAUGUGCUUCAAGACCUUCAGCCUGACAAUGAUACAGCCAAAGCACAACCCAUUCUUCAAGUCGAUGCCAUUAAAUACCUGUACACGUUCCGCAACCAAUUGACCAAGGACCAGCUUUUGUCUGUGUUGCCAUUGCUUGUUCACCAUCUUAGUUCAACGAACUAUGUAACGUGCACAUACGCUGCAAUUUCGAUCGAGCGGAUACUUUUUAUCCGUGUCAAUGGUCAUCGAUUACUGAAUUCUACAGAUAUUGAGCCAUUCACGCGAAACAUGCUGGAAGCUCUUUUUGCAGCUGUAGAACAACAUGAAACACCGGAAAAAGUGGCUGAGAACGACCAUGUCAUGAAAUGUGUCAUGCGUGUACUCCUGGUUGCCAAGAAGUCGGUGGAGCCUUACGCGGGACAAUUGCUUGAGCACCUUGUGUCAAUCAUUCAGGUUACAAGCCGAAAUCCAAGCAAUCCUCGGUUCACUCAGUUCCUAUUUGAGUCUGUAUCAACACUACUGAGAUUCACGGGCUCGUCGUCAACGGCGCAAGUGGCCAUGAUGGAAGAACGUCUUUUCCCAGUUUGCACAGAAAUUCUCCAGGCGGAUGUGGCCGAGUAUAUCCCGUACGUAUUCCAAAUUCUUGCGCAACUUUUGGAGGCACAUGCCAACCUGGAUUCUGUGCGUCAACUGCCGGAGGCCUAUGCAUCGCUUCUCCCGCCACUCUUAAUGCCCGCGUUGUGGGAAAAGAAAAGUCAUGUCCCUGCUCUCGUUCGUCUCAUGAAAGCAUAUCUGAAGCAAUCGCCUGCUCAUCUUGUGCACAAAGGCCAUGUUGAAUCGUGUUUGGGAAUCUAUCAAAAGCUUAUUUCGAGCAGGCUUAAUGACGCUUAUGGCUUCGAUCUUCUUCGUUCAAUGAUCAUUCAUUUGCCACCCGAGCCGCUAGCUCCCUACAUGCAGCCUGUAAUUACACUCAUGCUUGUGCGUCUGCAGUCAAGCAAGACAGACAGGUUUUCUCAACAAUUUGUCUUGUUUAUCGGAUUUCUGUGCGGCCUGCAAAGACAAGGAUAUCCAGAAGCCGUUGUCCAACUCUUCGACAGUGUGCAAAGUGGACUCUUUGGUCAAAUUGCUGAGAAUGUCAUUUCUCCAGACCUGUCGAAAUUGACAGCGAAACUGCGUUUCAAUACAGCUGCUGGAAUUAUUCGUCUUCUGACUCAGAGCUACUCCAUGUUAUCAACAUAUGCAAAUGCUUGGCCUGCACUGGCUAUCAGUGUCAUGCACCUUUUAUUGCAGACGGGCCCUCCAACACACGAAAUCACCGAAGACGAUGGCGCUGAUUUGGAUGAACAAGGUUUCCAAGCCUCUUACUCACAAUUAGCCUCCGCGGGAUCUGCUACUGAUGAAGUAGGUGCUGAGUCUUGGGCUGGACCAGAUCUUUGGGCCUACUUCGCUCGUCAGCUAGGCGAAGCAAGGACACUGCGAUCCGAGUCACUAGCACCUUUGUUGCAGCAAGUGCCAAAUGACGUGCUUAUGAAGCUAAAUGAGGCGCUGCAGAGAGAACAUGUCACCAUCUCGUAA